UGCGAUUUUUUUGAACUCGAGCUACUGGUUUCGUUUCGUAUCGACAACCCUGGAGACAGAAACGAAAAACCCUAGAAAUGAAUGCGAUUGUGAGGAAAGUGUCAUCGACUCUCUUCGGGCAACCAGGUGUAGCGCUGAGCUCCCCAAGUUGGGAGCUUCAACAAUGGCGGGGGAUUAGAGUGAAGGUGCGGAAUGGAAACCUGGAACAGGCGUUGGUGUUCAUGCAGAGGAAGAUGCAAUCAAGCGGGAUCGAACGGCUGAUAAAGCGCGAGCAGACUCAUCACCUCAAGAACUCGGAGAAGCGCGUCUUGGCUCGCAAGAAUCUCGAGCGGAAGAUUCGGUCUCAAGACCUGGCUCGCAAGCUCAAGUCAAUCCUCGUCAAGAAAGUCAGGGGUCUAUGAGAGUAGUUCUGAAAGUGAUGAUUUUCUCGAUUUGAUGAUUGGCUACAUACAAAAGGGACACUGCUGCUGAUUCGCCAAUUUGUUUAUUUUUGUGUAGACUUGCAAUGUGACAGACAAAAAUAUGUUGGAUUUCUCAGUUGGAUUGCUCUCUAUGAAGCAUUUGAGCGAUUUUGUCAUUCGCAAGCUAACACCAUGUUUAUCAGGGAAAUAACUAUGAACUAAUUUCACUUUCUGAGUACUUACACUCCGUUUGAUCGUGGGGUGAGAAAUGAAAUGAAAUGAUUAUGAUUCUCACUA